CUUAGUGUAAAGCUCGCAAACAACAUAGUAAGUCUACGUACAUUGGGCCUUUCUAAAAAGUAUAAAACAGUUGCUAUUUCCUUUCAAUUAGCAAAAACUAUGGCUACUUUCGUUCGUGCAAUCGCCGUUCGACAAUUGACAUUCGCCAUUUUGUCCGACAUUUUUGAAAAAGGUAUACAUUUUACGGCAAAUAGGUUCAAAUAUAUAGAAUACCCAGAAUGUCCUUCGGUCUUGAUGUCGAGUUAUUUCGUUUUUUCCGUGGCUACCAGUUCAUAACAUUAUCGCAUACUAGUACUCGUAAGCACACAAGUAGUUUAAGAAUACUUGAUCAUUCUCGACAGACACUAAUGCCAAUAUCCAACGCGUAAUUAAAUGAUCACUGACAGCGAUGAAAUGAUUUUUUUUUCUUUUUUUGCUUUUCGGCGUUCACUUAGUGCAGCCCAAAAAAUGUAAUUAAAGCCAAUUGGUGGUUCUACGUCAAUAAURAAAGUAGUGUAUUUUAGCUAAUCUCUAAGAACGAAAAACGAAAAAAAAAAUCCCUAUCAGUCCUGCUAAUCUAACAAUCUCUCUUCUCUUGUGGGAGGUUUUUUCGAGGGUAUAAUCCUUUUGCUUUCAYCGAAAAAUGCGAGCCGACGCUAGAUAGACUCCGUCUAAAUUCUUGCGCUUGGGUUUGUUGAAGCGUAUAUUUCGGAAAGGACAUUAGGCGGCUGUUUUUCGGGAAUGUGUUUUCAGCUAUUUUGCUUUGAACGGAAAAUGGAAGCCGAUGUUAAUAAAUAAGACAUGUAAGAUGUAUAAAUAAAAAAGCGAAAUAUUUAGUUGUAUAAACGUGAAAUCAUAGCACGUGACGGCAAGACACUGGUAUUCUCACUCUUAUGUUAUCAAACAUAAAAGCUUUUAAACUUAACUUCGCACACAAUCCUUAUAAGGGUCGUUAUGAAGUUUUUCGUACAUAUAGAUAGCAUUUCAUGCUAGUUAAAAAUGCUAGAGCAUUAAUUACAAACAGGAAAAAAAAUUACAAAUAUGGAUUCCUAGACGACUAAUUAAAAGAGGCACGAAAAAACGUGAUUUAAUGAUGUCAUGCUUCACGCGGCGACGUAAUUUCAAGUUUUUUUUAUGCAAUCUAUUAGUGACCAUUAGUCCCUUAAUUAAGAAACUGCUUAUUUCUGUUAUCCAAUGAAAUAGUCGCUUUCCCGAGCUCUCAUUUUAUCUAAUUGAAUCCUGAUUGGUCUAUUAAGAGCCUCAAUCAGAAGCCKGCAAUKUGAUUGGCUCAUGAAACUAAUUUAUGGAAGUCACGUGUGGAAACCUUUUGGUCUUAUAUGUAUUUAUCGCUUUGUAAGUGGUGUUCCAGUGUUAAGGAAACCGAUGUUAGGCAUUAACGAUUGAGUAUAAAUAUUGCCUGGUCGGGUUUCUAAGAUCACACAAAGAAAGUGGGAAUGUCAUUGAAAAUAGAGUAAGUAGGUUACAGAAUUCUCAGUCGGAAGGAAACACACUCGAAAAAGGCCACAAGAAUAAAGGCGUUUUUAGAUCAUCUAUGGACAACUAUACAACGACGACUUAAGGCCUAAGAAAAAAUGACGAUCGAAUUGUUUGCACUACACCACUACAAGACGAUAACAGCUGUGUAUAUCGUUCUCUUUAUUCUUGGAUUCCUCGUCAAUUCCUUUGUCAUCGCCGUCUUUAUUGGAACGCGCUCUUUGCGCCAACAGUCUGGCAACUAUAUCCUUUUAAGCUUGACGAUUUCUGAUUGGAUGAUGGCAACCCUUGGGUCUUCCUUGGGCAUUUACGCAAACGCCAAAUACUGGUGGACACUCGAUCCUGCGUACUGCCAGUAUUUUGGUUUUAUCUCGUCUUUGGGUGGAUAUACAUGUAUGAUUCAUAUAACAGCUUUAGCGGGCGAAAAAUUGUUUACUCUCAAGCUCUCUACCACGCAGGAAAUAACCAAAGCUAAGAUGCUGAUCCUUGUGAUUUGUCUUUGGUUGUUUUCCUUUGUGUGGGCUCUGUUUCCGUUGAUAGGCUGGUCUUAUUACGCUCCAGAACCUGGGUACGCUGGAUGUUCAAUCGCAUGGUACUCAGACAAGCCGGCCGACAAAGCUUUCAUUGUGUGCUUGUUUAUAGUGUUCUUUUUCUUUCCAAUUUCCUUCGCUACAUUCUGCUUCGCAAUAAUUUAUUUCGAGGUCAGGAAGCUUGCACGAAAUGCCGUGCAGCGAUGGGGAACCACGUCCGGGCCGACACAGCAAACGCUUCGCGCGAAAGCCAAGACGAUUCGCAUGUCACUAAUUAUGGUAUUGGCUUUCAUGUUUGCCUGGACGCCAUACGCUGUGGUGGCUCUCUAUUCGAGCUUCGUGGCCAACGAUCUUUCGCCUACAGCRGCAACCAUUCCGGCAAUGUUUGCGAAGUCAUCAACUUUCUACAACCCGAUUAUUUACUUCUUCAUGUACACAAAAUUCAGAAAUGCAGCCAAGAAAAUGGUAAUAAGAAGGAAUGUUGUUGCUCCUGGUUCGGGAUCUGGRUCAACUGCAGCCUCACAAAAUGGAUCGUUCAUGACUUCAUUCCCUAGACCAGCUCAGUUCCUGGAGAGACUCAGCGCGAUUAACAAGUCAACAAACUCUGGAGAUGAUGCAUCKGAACAAAAAACUUCUAAAACCGAUACGAAAGAAAUGAAAGUGCUUGAAUUUCCGACCCCUGGCAACGUGUAAAUAGGUUUUGGGUUGAACUAYCUUCACAAAUUGUAAAUUAUAAAAUGCAUGCGUCGUAUUCRUAUUUCGCUACACAUAUCGAUUCAUCGUURCAUGACUAGCAGUUCAUGUGAUKGACRYAACGGUCUGUUGUCAGACCAAGGAAAUAACCCGUGGUCUACUGCAGUCASUCAGCAUUUACUAGUAGUUCAUGCACCGAACUAUCUUUCUCAUCUGAAAUCCAACGGAUUGGCACAACGGUCUGYUGUCAGACCAAGGAGGUAGACUACCUAUGGUCUACUGACAGUCAGCAGUGACUUUCCWRGAGACAAGAMAGUUCAUGYCCCGAACUAUCUAUCUCKUCUGAAAUCCAACGGAUURACCCAACGGUCUUUUGUCAGACCAAGGAGAUAGACUACCCAUGGUCUACCAGCAUUGACUUUCUUGACUUUCCCAGAGACUCUGUAAUCCUUACUCGGUGGAUUCCAAGUAAAAAGGCGGAAUGGUCUGGCUAAAAAAAACUUAAUAAUUCAAUUAAUAAUCGURUGAGGAAGUUGCUGAUCCCAUUAAAGAGUGCUCAAUACACAUAAAGUGUAGAGCUACUUAUAUAUAUGAUAUCAAAGAGGCAAGAUUUUGCUGUAACUCCGAGUUUCGUGCUAC